ACCAUGGUUCACAGCUAGCAGUCGAUGGCGGUCGACAGCCAGUAUGACGGUUGGUUUUGGACGACACCACUGCUAUGCAGCAAGUAGUGUCACUGACGCGUUCAGAUUCGACAAGUCAGGACUUAGGAUCACCGCACUGACCAGUCCACGCUACAUGCAGACCUACCCAUAGCACUAGCCUUUGGAAGGUGCCUAAAAUGUUUUCUUGAGCCUUGACCUUUGGAGUUUGGGCUUAGGUCGGGCAAGCACUGGCGGUACAAAUCACAUCGGGCUGCAGCGCUAGCGCUGGAGAAUGCAAACAUCUGGUUACUACUGCAUGUGUAGUGUGCACCCGCGCCCGUACCCAAUUCACGCUAGCUGGAGAAGGUGGUCAUUCUCCCUUUCGCAGUUCAGCGCCAGAGGGAGUAGAAUAUUAAUUUUACUAUUUUAGGAGAUCAGGAGUUCUUACACUUGGUUCAUAGAUAACAAGAUUAGGUAUAUUUCGGAGUGUGCACAUGAGGCGUAUCGCCCGGACGCAGAGGCUAGUAUAGCGGCGACGCGAGGCUGGGAAUACUUUUGCUGUAGAUCAUGGAUGAUCGUUUGGCACCGUACCUGCUGGACUACCGGCCGAAUUUGAUGCUCAUGCUGCGACGCUACCAUCCCCAGUACUACACCUACUGCAGAAACCUGAGCGCUGAGCAGCUGCUGAUCAGUGUUCUGACGUCACCCAGAGUUCAGAGACUGAUUCUGGCGGUGGCUGCCAGGGAGAACAAGGAUGUCAGUGACGUGACCAAGGCUGCCAAAGAGAUCCUGGCGGACAUCUCGCACCGGCUGAGCAUCACCUCUGCGCGGCCGGUUGUCUACUCCGUCACCAAGCUCGGCGCGCAUCUCUUUGAUGACAUCAGUAUCAAUGUUGCCGGUCUGGAAAAGUGGAAGUCCAAGCUCAAAGAUGUUCCCCUGGUGUUUGUGCCUUCGCAUCGAAGCUAUGCCGACUUUCUCCUGCUGUCGCCGUUGUGUUUUGCACACGAUGUUCCUGUUCCUCUGGUAGUGGCUGGUGAAGACUUCAAGGCAAUGACGUUCAUAGGAAAGCUGCUGCGGCACUGCGGCGCAUUCUACAUGCAGCGCAGUUUCACCAAGGAUCUCUUCUACAAGACUAUCUUCUCCGAGUACGUGCAUGCCAUCAUGGAGGACGGCGCUAACCCUAUUGAGUUCUUCAUCGAAGGAACACGAAGUCGGACGGGGAAAGCCCUGCACCCCAAGAUGGGCAUCAUAGGCUACGUAUUUGACCAGUUCUUCCGUGGUGUUGUCGGCGACUUUGCCCUGUGCCCGAUAUCGGUGUCGUACGAGAGGCCACUGGAAGAGGACAGCCAUGUGCUCAGUAUGCUAGGCGUCGGAAAGCCUAAAGAGAGAUCAACCUCUAUGAUUCGAGGCAUUCACAACGUCCUGCAGAAGCCCAACGGCCGUAUUCGCCUGCACAUUGCCGACCCAUUCCAUGUACACGAGGAGUACAGUGACCGUGUGAAUCGUAUGAUUCACUCUCAACAUCCCCGAGUGGAGAACUUUGCUCAGAUGUUGAGAGACAGCACUGCCAGUGCAUUCUUACCUGGCCGAGGGCCACCACUAAACAAGGACGUGGAACAGGCCAUGCGCACGGAACGCACAGUGGUGCGCGAGUGUAGCUACCGAAUAGUGGGCAUACAGCAACAGUACAUGGUUGUCUACCCUCGCUACAUGGUGGCAAGUAUCUUGCUGCAGACAGUUGGACGCCAGAUGCCUCUAGCUCAAAUGGCAGAAGAGGUUAUCUGGCUAAAGAAAUGCCUUGUGCAACUUGGAGCACACGAUGUAGCACUGGAUGAAUUCAACGUGGACGAGGAAGUACGCAGAGCCGUGUCCCUGCUGCACCCUCCCGUCUUCAUUGACAACGAGCGCAAGGUGGUGCGUGUGCAGGAAGACGUGUCGUUUGCCACACGGCCCGAUGUAGACCUGAUGGAGUUGUGCACCAACGCCAAAGACUACCCGGUGGUGUUCUGCCGAGCGGCAAUCGAGCUACAGCUCGUCUACCCACACAACCAGCUGGUGCAUGUCAUCCACGAUGUGUCUAUCCUGAGUGUUCUGCUGGACAUCACACCUACCGACUACCCUCUCGAACAAGCUCGCCACGAGUUUGCCGUUCUGGCCGGAGUUCUGCGCGAGGAGUUUGUCUUCGGCAUCGCCGAUGCUGACCCACAGCUGAUAUUCAACAAUGCUGUGGAGCGCCUCAGCAAGUGUGGAUCGUUAGAUCGGAGCAAGUCUGAUGGGAGUCUCAGCGUCACGCCGGGAGGUCAGAAGCUUGUGCAGUUCCUGGCCAAAACAGUUCACCCGCUCCUAGCUUCAGUAUGGGUGUUUGGUACCACCAUCCUGCAGCUGUCUGCCGGACAGCCUGAAGCGUUCUUCAAAGCCACCACAACCAUUCCCGAGGCACAGAUCGAGGCAUGCAAGCUUCUUGCACAAGGGCAACUGACUUUCUACCGGUGCAUUGGCACGGAGAUACUGAAAGCUGCGUUACAGUCACUGGUCCACUGUCGUCUAUUGAAACGGGAUGCCGAGUCGGACAACAUCUGCAUUGUAACUGGUCAACAGCAAACCUUGAUCAGAGUGCUCAAUAUGUUAGGCGGUAUUCUCAAACAUGCUGGACAGCGUGUACAUAACCGACUGCCACACGGAGCGGGUGCACGCCUCUAGUGCAUAUUGCCUGUGGGACCAAGCCGGCUGAUGAUGAUGGCUGUUGGAUGGCGCGCAUUUGUCAUGUUCGCGGUGAUUAACUUGCAUUCCUGACUGGGCUCUGCAUUCGAUUUCGCACCUACUUGAAUGAUCUUGCUUCAAGGAGCUGUCCGGUAAAAAGCUUGGCCGUUGGUCUGUUAGUGCCAGCCACCAGAUAUAUUCCGAGUCCGAUCCUCGCUUCUUCAUUACGCUAUAGGCAGGCUACAUGUACUAGUACUUAAAGUGUACCUAACCGUUCAGAGACUUCAGCCGUUACUAUUUACAGGGAUCCCCUGCAUAGGCCCGGCGGGGUGUAUUCUGUUACAUGCAGUAUGCAUCUCUAGUUCGGCAUUAGUACAAUAGAAGUUUAGGAGCCCUUGGCCAAGGUGCGUGAAGAUGUAUUUCUGGAGUUGAGUUUUAAUAGUUUUACACUGGCCCUGCUGUAGGCUGGUGAAAUAUAUUCUGCGAUGCACUUGAGCCCACGGAAAUCUAUUUUUUAAAUAAAUUUUGUGUCCUAUUUUCUCUGUGAGUAUUAAAUGCUUAUAAUUAUAUAGGGUCAUUAUCGUUAGCUGUGUUCAAUACAAGCAACUGCUCUUUAUAAUAGCUUCAUAGAUAAGGAGUUCGAGCUUGCAAAUAGUAUGUUUUCAAGAUGAAUAGAGAAUUUCAGUUGUCGUUAACUUUUUACUGGCAACGAACUCUUCUCAGUUGCUGCUCAGUUGCUGCUCACUUCCUACUCAGUUCUUGCUUUGUUCCUUGUCAGUUUCACAAUUUCGUUAGAAUAGACAAUCAAUAUACAUGA